AUGAACUCCUUCCGCUUUGCUCGUUCCGCUCUGCGGGCUCGCCCCUCCAUGUUCAGCGCUCCCGUCCAGCGCCGUGGAUACGCCGAGGCUGUCGCUGACAAGAUCAAGCUGUCCCUGACUCUGCCUCACAAGACUAUCUACCGCUCCACUGGCGUGACCCAGGUCAACAUUCCCGCCGCCUCCGGUGAGAUGGGUGUCCUCGCCAACCACGUUCCCUCCAUCGAGCAGCUCCAGCCCGGUCUUGUUGAGAUUAUUGAGGAGAGCGGUGCCACCAAGCAGUACUUCCUGUCCGGUGGUUUCGCCGUUGUCCAGCCCGACUCCCAGUUGAGCAUCAACGCCGUUGAGGGUUUCGCCCUGGAGGACUUCAGCGCCGAGGCUAUCCGCGCCCAGGUUACCGAGGCCCAGAAGAUUGCCAACGGCAGUGGCAGCGAGCAGGACAUUGCUGAGGCCAAGAUUGAGCUUGAGGUAUUCGAUCAACAGGUUCUUGAGACCCUGCAGGCUCAUGUCAAAUAG